AUGACGUAUUCUUGUCAACUUUUAAUUAUUUUUUAUGUGUUAAAAAACGAACAUAAAAUAAGUUUUUAUUUUAAUAAUUUAAAAAAACUAAACUAUAUCGGCAAAAAGUGCAAAGACAUUAUGAAUAUAAUAUUUUUAUGGUUUUUAAAAAUUAUAUUAAUUUUUGAAAAUCGACUUUCAUAUAAGAAACCUUUUAACUCGAAUUCAAAUUUUAAUUAUAAAAUAACGAUAAAAAAAAUGAAUUAUACAAAGCCUUCAGAAUAUUAUUGGAAGAAAUGA